AUGCACCUGAAAUAUGGUGGGAUCUCACUCCUGCUCUCGACGUCACUAUCAACUCUUGGUGCAGCAUUGACAUUCGACUGUGCCCACGUCAAUGUCGACAGUUACAAAUACGACUUGAGCAAGCUGCGUGGAGUCCACGAGAUAUACCACGUCAACGAGACCGAGACCGCCGUGACAAACACCACCUACGUGCUCAAUAUCUGCAGGAAUCUCGGCAGCAAAGCGGCCGACCGUGGAGACGAUGGAAAGUGCGGUUCAACCAAGCGCAUCUGUGGCUUUGUGAAUCGACAUCCGACCGACGGUAACGGAAGCAAGCGUUUUGCCUUUCCCAUCGUCGGUCUCGAGCACAUGGGCGGGGGCUCAAUGGAGCCCAAAUAUACGCGACUCGAAACAAUCGAUCCCGAGACCAAAGGGGUGCGGGUCGAGCUCGCGGGCGGCGAGUUCAAGGGGUUUGACGAUGAGGGAAAGAAAAAGGAAGCGGCGGCCGUAAUCGAUUUCAAGUGUGACCCGGAUCGAUCCGGUCUGGAGGGUCUGACGACGGAGGAAGACAGUGAGGAGGCGGAUUCGGGCUCUGAAAAGGAGAGGAAGCGUCGACGCGAUGAGAAGGCGGAGUCGUCCAAGCGCAGUUUGCACUUCAAGAGCUUCGAGCUCGAAAAGGGUGACAAGGAUGGUGAUGAGGAGUACAUUUUGAGAUUGGACUGGCGUACGCGCUAUGCUUGCGAUGAGUACCAGCGUGGGAAGCAGGAGAAUUCCAGCUCCUGGGGUUUCUUUACCUGGUUCAUUAUCAUUCUCUUCCUCUGCGUGGCAGCAUACCUGAUCUUCGGUUCAUGGCUCAACUACAACCGAUACGGUGCUCGGGGCUGGGAUCUCCUCCCACAUGGUGACACCAUUCGAGACAUUCCCUAUCUGUUGAAAGACUGGGUUCGCAGCGUCGUCAACACGCUACAAGGGGCCGGCUCUCGAGGCGGUUACAGUGCUGUAUAG